AGAGUCAGAGUCUACACUUUUACAACGUUACACACGUUGACGCGCGCGAAGAAGAAAUUUAGCUCCUCUGAAUGCCAAAACGACCGUAGUUUAGGACUGCAAAUGUGUGUUUCCUUUCAGAGAAGUUUGUUCAGAAUUGGGUAGAGUAGCCAGUGUCUAUUGGCAAGGUCGGUGGUAAAUUUCAACACGUUCAAGUCAUUAGGUCUCAGCCAAACUAGCUGCCAGCACUUCCCCAAGCCAAAGAGUAUAAAGCUGUUUUUUACCCCAAGCACAUCAUCAUGAUGGUGGUGUUUUGCGCCGAAGGUCUUCCAGUAAUGUAACAGAGCGUCAACGCGCAAUGUGAAGUUACCCCAAGAGCACAUGGAAAACCUCGAUGCGGCAUCUUGACCUAGAAUCAAGAUGGAGGAAGCAGGCAAGCGAACAAGUCCUACGCCACAGAGUUCUAGUCUCCUGCUUGUCGUGUUUUCAAUGGCAUACGCCGUUCCUCAGAUCCUUCUGUUAUCGGCGACUAGCAUGGCGGAAACAGAUAUCAAUGAGUGCACUGCUGGUACACACCACUGCUCAAUAAACUCAACAUGCAUUAACACUAUGGGUAGCUACACGUGUGGCUGCUAUCCAGGGUUCAUCGAUCACUCCACGGCAAAUCUCUGUUCAGCUUGUGUAUCACCAUGGCAACAACUGUCACCGGGCUCCAGGUACUGUGGUCUCAAGUUCUCCGGACCGCAUGCGUUCAACGAUGCGAGAAGUCUAUGCGCUAGCCAGCCUGGGGGCGAUACCUGGCUGCCCAGAAUCUACAACAGCAGAGACAACGACGACAUCGUACAGUUUACCAAGGUGGAUCUGUGGAUCGGUGCAGAUGAUACAGAUGUUGAGGGCCAGUUUCGAUGGACAGACACAGGCCAACCACUUCAGUACACCAAUUGGCUUCCGACCGAGCCUGCCGACUUUGGAGAAGAAGACUACGUUGGCAUCUAUUACACACUGAACAACUCUGGACUCUGGAACGAUUUCCAGAAGAUCUACCCUGCGGAAGUUCUCUGCGUCCGAGACAUGCCAUCCUGCCCACCACCAACUCCAGCGAAUGCGUCCGUGGCGGGAGACCGAUAUUUCAUUGGGAGCUCUGUGACUGUGCAGUGUCUUCCUGGACUGUUGCCAGCUGAAGCUACAAUCAUGACGUGCAACGAUAGGUUGCAAUGGAGCCCAGACAUACCGCUAUGCGUAGACAUACCGUCAUGUCCGCCGCCCAUUGUGGCAAACGCAACCGCAACAGGAGACAGAUAUUCCAUAGGAAGUACUGUGUCAGUUCAGUGCAGUCCCGGAUUUCUUCCCGCCGCAGCUAGAUCCUCCAUGUGCACCAAUAGCUUGCAAUGGAGCCCACCCAUACUAACAUGCAGAGCUACUGGCUUGUUGAGACCUACCGCCAAUCAGUCAGUAUUGGCUGGGGAAACGGUGACAUUCUUCUGUCCAGUGUUUGGCAUCCAGCAACCUCAAGUGACCUGGUACAAAGGAGGAAAGCUCCUGCAGAACGACGCUCUGCUUAGCAGAGUUUCCUACUUCAGAGGCGACCAGAUCUUGACAAUAUUCAGAGCAGAAAUCACAGAUACAGAUACAUAUCGCUGCAGGGCGGAGAGCGCGGGUGGUGAUAGUUCAGGCGAGGUUGUAAUCGGCAAUGCAGCAUCCCUGGUCGUCAAUGUCGCUCCUGUCAUCAAUCCUCCCAUACCGGCGCAAAUACUUGCCUAUGAAGGUUCGGCGUUGACUGUUCCGUGUGCGUACGCUGGUCAACCACAGCCGUCUGCACAAUGGUGCAAAGUGGACGAAAACGGGGAAUGUAUCACUCCAGCACCUAAUUGCCCCGGUUUUACUGCUGUUCAACAAGGUGGAAAUGUCCACGAACUCCGGAUUUCGGCACUGAAGUCUUGCCACGAUGGCAUGUAUGCGUGCAUCGCGAACAGCACUGUCGGUUCAGCUACUGCGACGUUCAUGCUAACAACAAAAGAUACAGCUCAUUUGGGAAUAUCUGGUCAGUUUUCGACAACUGAUAGCGGCGAUCUGCUUGAUCUGAGACACAGAUUUCUAAGCGAGUCACUUCCCUUGCUGACAUCAAGAAUGAAAGCUGAACUGGAACACUUCUCAUACUCACCGAUAAAUGCAACGAUGGGCACCAUUCAAGCCGACAUCACUCUACAAGCUGGGUAUAUAGGAAACAUUUCUGAAGCCAGCCUUCUUGCCAACUUCUCCUCUGGCUUCUUCUCUGGCUUUGAGGGGUCAAAUGCUACAUCUGUUACGCUGCUGCCUGGUACUCUGCAUUUGUCUCUGUACGAUUGGUGCAGCGCUGAAAGUACGGAUGCUGGGCGGCAGGGAACACUUCACUGGCAGGCAACGUUCUGUAAUGUGACUCGAAUCACUAUCUGCCCAGUUCGUUUGCAACAUGUUAAUCGGUAUGCAACACGACAGUGCACUCUAGUUCCUCGGCCUCACAACUCCACUCUCCGCAUGGCAGAGUGGACGGCCCCGAAUAGCUCUGCUUGCCCUACAGAUACAACAGUUCAGCUGCAGCAGCUUGCAAUGACUGAUUUCAUUGCUAACGAUCCAGUGACAGUUCUCGAUGGUAUCCUCUCGGUGGAAAACUUAACACGCAGCAGCUUGGGUCUGACGCCGGACGAAGUAGAUUUUGCUUCCACCGCCAUCUUCAACAUCGUUGUCGCCAUCCGUGAGGUCGAAGACCUGAAUCAGACAAUUGGCCGAGAGGUGGCAAAGACGGCGCUAAGCGGAGUUGAUAACAUCCUAGAGGACAACAAAUCUCAAAUGCUCAUUGAAUCAUUUCCUGCCCGCAGACUUGCAAAGUCGAUGAAGUGGGUGGUCACAAUUCUAGAUGUGCCAGAAGAUGAGUCGUUUCAGAAACAAGAGGGCAAUGCUGGCUUUGCAGUAAGCUGUCCUGGCAGCGCUAAUAUCACCGAUCAGGCAUUCAGGGCACGUUCUCUGGGCGAGUUCUUUGUUGGCCCGGCUGCAUCCGGUGUUUCAGCGAGCAAUGCCACUGUUGCCUUUGACAUUCCUGCGAGCGCAAUCUCGGCGGCAACCAAAAAUUUCACUCCAGCCAAUGGUUCAGUGUGCAGAGGGGCAUCCACCUAUUUCAUCCUGUACCGCACACAGGCUUUGUUCUCCGACUCUAGCUUGAGUGCGGACACUGAGGUUGGACCCGAAGUCAUUUCGGCACAACUCGGAAACAAGCGCUUGCACCAACUGGAGGAACCCAUAGUGUAUUCGUUUGACUUGGCUGCAAGCGGACAGGAGGGUGAGAUAGAUGCUGUGAAAUGUGUCUUCUGGAAUUUCGAUGCAAAUGAUGGAGGAGGCGGGUGGAGUGGUGACGGCUGCUCCACAGUCCACACAACAACAAGCAAAAGACCUGUGUGCCAGUGCAAUCACCUCACCCACUUUGCUGUUCUGUUUACUCGGACUGUAUCGGCAAGCACAUCUUCCGAGACGGCUGCACUGAAGUACGUGUCGAUUGUUGGCUGUGGCAUAUCAAUGCUUGGUCUGCUUGCAACUAUCAUCGUCAUAGUCCUUAUUCCGAAACUACGCCAGAGCCUGCACCACCGUAUGAUACUUGGACUCAGCGCCACGCUCCUUCUCUUCCUGGCACUGUUCACAGCAAUGCUGUCCGCCGAGACUGAUGUGAAGAAAGGCCACGCCGGUUGCACUCUGAUGGCCAUAGUCCUUCACUACCUGCUGCUGUGCAGUUUCAUGUGGAUGUCAGUAGAUGCCAGCUUUCUCUACAAGCAGAUUGUGAUUGUGUUUGACAUGCCCAGUCGCAACCAGAAGCGUUACUCGCUACUAUGUAUCUUCCUGGUACCAAUGGUGAUAGUUGGGAUAACAGCCGGAGCUACAUCCCUCAAUGCUUACAAGCAAGAAGGAAUAUGCUGGAUCGGCGACGACGCGGCCUUCUACGCUGGACUGGUGAGUCCGAUGGCUCUGUCACUGCUGUACAACAUCUGCAUACUGUACAGAGUCACGCGUUCAUUAUGCGAAAGCGACAAGAACCUUGGAGAAGACAUGAAAGGUGCAAACAGGAUCACCAAUACGUCGGCACUGGUCAUUGUGGUCUUUCUUUCGGUACUGCUGGGUGUUACCUGGCUGUUUGGCUUUCUUGUCAUCAUCAACGAUCACCUCGUUCUGCAGUACCUGUUCACCAUUUUCAAUUCACUGCAAGGCUUCGGGAUAUUUGUGCACAUGAUUCGUGGCAAGGAAGCGCAAAAGGGUCUAGCUGAAAUGGCUGGGAAGCACGUCACAGGAUUGAAAGUCAACUGUGCUCAGGCCGGGACCAGCCACGGACGGACGCAGCAAACCGUAUCACCGGUAGUGAGUGCCGUGCAGCCCUACAAAGGCUCUACUACUCCCACCGCCGCAGGGGAAGAUUCCAACAAGCGAAACGCCUACCUGCGUCCCUCGGAGGACGUGUUCAAAGGUGGUGGGCACUCACCAACGCCGCUACUGUCCUGCCCUGUCCUCGCCACUAGUAUUUCCUUUGAAAUGAGUCCAGAUGCAUUCGAGACGAAGUCAGCUUUGGAGACUUCUGUUCGAUUUGACCGUGUAUUUCUAAGGUCCCCGGACAGCCUGAGCGUGAGGACAGAGCAAAGCAUGGAGACUGAAGUCCCAUAGCUCUUCACUGUUAACUUUGCCGCCUGCUCUAGGUCACAACAGCGGCUCUGGAACCACAGCCUUUCUGUAUGGAUGGCCAUGAGUGAGUGACCAACUCCUACUGUAUGAUAUUACAAAGGGGUACGUUUUGGUGAAUUGCCGACAAAGUGCUCGAUGCACAAACUACGGAGCGUUUCAAACGAGAACAAGAAAGAGGGCCAAUUUAGAUUCGUCGUAACGCAAAGUUUUAUGCUACUGCAAUUAUCAGACGACUGAUACUGGAACCUGAGACUAACCAUUAGGAAUAUAGUGUAAAAACUGUAUGGUACUACGAAUCGAUUAUAGUGUGCGUGUUUGAAAACGAUUUCUUUUUUAUUAAUUUUGCAAGGUUGAGGGAAAGUUGCAGGGGGAAAGGUCUGAAGAAACGAUUUGACUGUCACCACCAGGACUCAGGGACUCUCGCGUAUGGCCAGUGAUGCUCUACCACUAAGCUGCUAUCUUUUGUCCUUUUCCUCUUUUCUUUUUGUUCUCCACCUGUUUUCCAGUAGGGCUGUGUUAAUAGGAAAAAGCUAUGGUGCAGUUGCCAUCCAAGCACCGACCGUUUAACAGUUUCUUCAGUCUUCAGACGACUCUUCCAAUAAUUCUGGAUGAAUUAAGUGUAACGAAUCAUAGUAAUAAAAGUCGGCGUGGAGAAAAGAAACCUAGUAUGGAUGAAAUAAAGUGAGCGCACUCGCACCACGAAAACAAUGGAACAAUAUUAUUUUUAGGAUUUGAACGUCGUUUUCACGUGAUAAUCAUCACAUGAAAACUUAGCAUACCAACACCCCCAUACCCACUCACAUACAUGUACCUUUCUGACCUGCUUUUCUCCAAUCUACAGUCUUGCUUUCACACUGCUCGCUGCUCAUGUAAUCACGCCUUCAAUAGUGCUGGCUUUAGAAUAUUAGUGUUUCUCGGAUUAGUUUUAGAUCUACUUGUACUAAAGUAAUAAUGUUCACAUUUUUCAUGGUACCGUACAAGGCAGAACACCAGAGACCAAAAAUCGUUCUCGUUACUCCGAGUUUCGUGUUUCAAAAACACUCAUAACACUCAUCAGACGAACCAUAAACAAUAAUAAUUCCUUCGUGGUCUAACU